AGUUUUGCUACGCAUUUAGCCGCCUCUGUCGAAGAGCUCCGGCGCCACAAUAAACUACAACUCCCAGCAUUCUUUAGCCCUGAGCCAGGGCAGUUAAAGCGGCCUCAAAGCGGAUUAUUUCUGCAGUGUGUUAUAGACCAAAGUCUCCAAAUCGAUUUAGGGUGACUUUCAGGCAAGGAACGCUUGCUGCCGCCGCCACACUGUAGAAUCGAUGCAGUUUGAUCCCGCUUUAACUGGGUUUGAAUUUAUGAGACCCUGUCCUGCAUUUUUCUUAAUGCCCUCCAUUCCGUGGAGCCUCCUCCUCCUCCUCCUCCGGGGCAGUGAGGCCUUAUGGUCACCCUACCAAUAAACCUGAGGAAGUGAAUUCAUAUUUCAGCUUCCUUCGGCCAUAGCCGCCUCCUUCUCCUUCCUUCUCUGGAAGGCCCUCCAUUUUGUGGCGCUGAGGAGGAGGCCUCACUCAGUCCCCGUCCUCGCCUAGCCUCCCGCCCGCCUCCCUCCCAGUCCCGCCCCGGGAGCGAGAGAGGGCUGGCUCUGCGACCGGGGCCGAGGAGGAUGGCGACCUGGAAGCGGGACGGGCGCCUGACGGCGUGGCAGCGGCUGUGCUGCGGGGCUCUGGCCGGGGCGGUGAGCCUGAGCGCCACUGCGCCGCUGGAGGUGCUGACCGUCGGGGCCCAAGUGGGGCUCCCCGGCUCCCGAGGGGGGCUCCGGGCCUCUGGGCGCCGCCUCCGCCGGAGCCAAGGCCUCGGGGCUCUCUGGAAGGGCAACCUGGCCGCCUGCCUCCGCCUCUGGCCCUACAGCGCCAUCCAGAUCGCCUCCUACAGAAGAUUUGUCAUGCUGUUUGUGGAUGACUUGGGUCACAUCUCCCAAUGGAGUUCCAUCAUGGCAGGAAGUCUUGCUGGAAUGGUGGCCGCCAUUGCAACUUACCCAACGGAUGUCAUCAAGACACGACUCAUCGUACAGAACCGACUGGAGCCUUCCUACAAAGGAAUUCUUCACGCUUUGUAUAUGAUUUACCAUCAGGAAGGUGUUGCUGCACUUUACCGUGGCGUUUCCCUGUCAGUAUUAGGUGCUAUCCCAUUUUCCAUCGGCUCUUUUCUUGUUUACACCCACCUGGAUAAAAUCUGGGGGGAACCCAGUCUCCGCUUCACUCCACUGCAGAACUUCAUCAAUGGCUGCCUAGCAGCUGGCGUUGCACAGACACUUUCCUUCCCUUUUGAAUCAGUCAAGAGGAAAAUGCAGGCUCAGAGUCCUUGCCUCCCCCAUAACGGAGGGGUUGACAUCCAUUUUGUGGGCAUGAUAGAUUGUUUUAAGCAAACCGUGAAGAUAAAAGGAGUGCUUGCUCUUUGGAACGGACUCACUGCUAACUUACUGAGGAUUGUCCCUUAUUUUGGGGUCAUGUUCAGCACUUUUGAAUUCUGCAAGCGUGUCUGCCUGUAUCGAAACGGUUACAUUGAUUCCCCGCUAAGCUACAAGCUAACACCAGGUGUGGAUCAGAGUUUACAACCCCAGGAGUUGCAAGAAUUCAAGCUCCUUGGAAAAAGAAACUUUUAAGCCCCAGGAAGCAUUUUCUGUAAUGAAAGGUCACAUUGCUAAAGGAACGUUGUGGAGAGCUGAAAGGAAGACACUGGACUUGAGUUAAUAGUAUGUAACUGGUCACUGAAUGAUAAAACCCAUCCUACAGUAUUAGAUGACCCAUCAAACCUUUGAAGUUCGCCAACUUCAGUUGAGGUAUACCUUGGGGGGAAAAGAGAGAGUGUGGCCUUCUAGGGGCCAAACACAGUACAAUAAUUGUGCACAAACUGUGCAAAGUACUCAAUUAUAGCACUAUAGCAGAACUGCCAUGGUUCUGUCCUAUUGAAUGCUGAGAUUGUCAGUUUAGAGAGGGGCAUUUGGAAUUCUCAGCCAGAGAGCUCUAGUGCCUCACCAAACUACAAACCCCAGGAUUCUCUAGAAUGGAACUAUGGCAGUUAAAGUGGAAUGAUAGCACUAUAAGUAUGUAGUGUGACUGGGCCCCUGAUGUUCUUGAACUACAGCUGCCAUCAACUAGCUUCCACAGCCAGAUAUGAGGGAGAAUGCAAGCUGAAAUCCAACAGCAUUUGGAGGGCCACACAUUCCCCAUGUGAGGCCUAAAACUACCUAAAAUCUAUAGUCUUAAAUUAUAUGUGCAGAGGAAUGCGUUGAUAUUGUUGACUGUGCCAUUUGCACGGUGCUACAUGGACUGGAGGUGUUUGCAGUUUUUUUAGUAGUUUUCCUGUGGACUGAACUUUCUGCUUCAAAUUCAAGCAAAGACUGAGGAGAAAAAUUCCAUCCUUGCCGGCUGACUGCCAAGUGCCUUCCAAUGUAUAGAAGCAUCUGGAUAUAUAAUUUCACCUUACUUGCAGUCUGAAAUAGUGCAAUCCAUUCUACUACCUCAUUCUGCUUUACAUGUGACUCAUUUCCCAUAGAGGCAGCUAAAAGAAGGUGGGUAUUGAGCUUCUAAUACAGGGUUGGAGGAAUAUAGCCCUCUAAAUAAUCUUGGCACGAAGCUUCCAGCAUUAUUCACCACUGGCUGUGCUAACUAGGACUGCUGGGAUUUGCAGUCCUACAAAAUCCCAAGAUGCACACUUUCACCACCUCUGGAAGCAUUGCCCUUGGACAUUCACAUUUGGUCUACAAUUAGCCUCAGCCCCACCCAACAUGACCAACAGGAUGGGAUUUUGGAAGCUAUAGUUUAAAGCAUCAGGGAGGGCCAAAGUUUUGCCACUCCUGAUCUUGGGAGCCCUGGAUCCAUCUAUGGGAGACAGACUGGAUGCAUCCCAUACUCUUCAGCACGACAGACUCCUCAGAAAAGGAGUAUCAACUCUUAUUGGGAGGUAACAUAGUGGGCCCUGCAUCAGUAUCUUUCAACAGAGAUAAUGCCAAAAUUGGGAAGUCAGGUAUUUGCCUGCAUGCACUGGAAUACUGAACUGUUUUUUAAAAUUAAAAAGCACAUGCAGUGGAUAAUCGAAAAGCACAAGAAAACCAAAGAGGACAUAUUUGAUCUGCAUUUCUCCCACAAUAUAAAUCACCAUUUUUAAGAGAAAAAAUAUAGGUAGAUUUUAAAAGAUGGUAGGGUUUGAGUCACCAUUUGGAGAGCUUUUGCAGUGGGAAGGGAUGGCAAUAUAGGAGGAAAAUGUGCUGGCUGAUAUAUUUAGGGAUAGAUUCCGCCUUUACAGCUGACUUUAGCAAGCAGAAUUGUAUGCUGUACUGUCUAGGCUUGAACAAUCCUGCACACAUUUUGAACUGAACAGAAUGUGCUUCUGAAUAGAUAUGUAGAGAAUUGUACUACUAGAAUGCAAUCCAGUACAUAUUUACUAUGAAAUCAAGCCCUGCUAAGUAUUUCAUAGUUAACAACUCCAAUGCUCUCCAAAUCCCCUGGGCUCCAACUCCCAUUAUCCCCAGUCCAGCAGUAUGGUCACUGUGCUGAGUGGGGGCAAGGGGAGUUGUAUCUCAGCCUAUCUGGGAUGGAAGAUGAGGAGAUGUGGAAAGGUUUACAGUCAGACCUCCUUAUCCAUGGAAUUUUUAAUCCACAAUUAGCCACAGCUUGAAAAUAUUCCAAAAAUGUAUAAAAUCCAAAAAGCAAACCUUGAUUUUGCUAUUUUAUAUAAGGGACACCAUUUCACUGCCACUGUAUAUAAUGGAACAUUAGCAUCCACAGGAGCCCCUAGAAUCAAACCAGCGGAUAUCAAGGGCCCACUGUAUUUGGACUACAACUCCCUAAAUCUACCAACAGCAUGGAUUCAGGAGUAGUUCAAAAAUUUAAUUUCUCCAAACUCUGGCAUCAAGAUGAGGAACGUUGUAUGUAUGCAGCUACACUGUUAAGGAUGCAAAUAUGAGUGGUGGGAUGUCCCAUGAUGGAGUGCCUCACUGCAUCGAAAAUCCAAACACACAUAAGAAAAUAUACAGAGGGAAAUCAAGUUAGAACCUCCAUGAAAUGAUUAAAGUUUGCAGACCAGUUCGAGUACACCUUUAAUCACAUAAACCCCAUCUCACUUGCAUUUGUAAGUGGUACAACCUGAGGAUAGGAUGCUAGUAGUACUCCAGCUGCAUGGAUUGGCUCCUGCUAGAGCAUGUUCUGGCAAUGAGUGCCCACUGUGUAUUGCAGAGACUCUUGUGUCUCAUCUGCUUUGAGAUCCUAGAACCUCUUGCAUUUUUAGAGUGACAAAGUGUAUACUCAGCUUUCCCAUGCCUCUAGCACACAGCACAUCAGUGUGUAAACACACAGAGGAGGGAGCUGGAUCUGAAAAACUUGUGUGUCUUUGUGUACACUACAGUUACGCUGGUGUCAAAAAUUGCUCUUACAAUCGCCUUGCAAUAACAGUUUGUGAUUAAUUUUGUGAAAAGGGCAUUUGAUAUUAAAUUUACCUUUUCCAGGAAACACAUGACGUGGUGAUUAAAGUUGACAGCGUUUAUCUCUUUCUCAGGGUUGCAAAAGAGGGAGUUUUGUCAUCCAAAGGUGAAAUGAAAUAACUCUGCUUAAAUCCUCCUCCUGCGUCACUGUCACUGAUGUAGGAGCUCUGUGCUCCUUUGUGGCUGUUGGGACAUUGGGUUGUUGCUUCUCUCAGCCAGAGAGGGACAUUUUAGGACCAAAGUGUGCCUGCCAAAGGUUUUCUUAGGAACCCCCUGCAUGGCUUUCUGUGUGUGUCUCACACACACACACACCCUACUUGCCUGGCCCUUUCCAUUUUCCUUCCAUUAGAGAGCCAGCAUGGCCUAGUGGUUUGAGCAUUGGACUACAACUCUGGAGACCAGGGUUCGAAUCCUGGCUUGGCCACUGAAACCCACCUACUAGCCCUGGGAGUUACACUCUCUCAAUCUCAAGGGAAGGCAAACCUCCGCUGAACACAGUCUUGUCAGGAAAACCCCAGAUUCAUCUUGAAAGCACACAACAACAACAGCAACAACUCUUGCCAUAGCCUGGGCAACCUUAUAGCCUCCCCACUUGCCCACAAUCCAACCUUAUACAGGGUGAGUCCUCAAUGCAAUGGAGGACAAGACCCUGCAGAAACAUAGGACAUUCUAGAAAAACGGAGGCCAGGACCAAAGAAAAGCUUGAUAUGCUCCUAGAAAUAUUCGCUCAUGCUUCUUAGCAUUCUCAAAAUGGAGGACCUUUUGGAACUGCCUCCUGACAGAAGGUUGAAAUGGAGGGCAGGUCCUGGAAAAGGAGGACAUGGCUGGUCAGAGGACAAAAUGUAGGACAGUCAAGAAAAACUGAGGGCAGCAAGGCCAAAGGAAACGCUGCUAGAAGUAAUUAGUCAUGCCUGCCACUUAGCCUGGCUCAAAAUGGAGGACCCUUUGACAUUCCUCCUAGGAAGAAGGUUGAAAGGAAGGGCAGGUCCUGGAAAAGUAGGAGGCCUGGUCACUGAAAUGGAGGAUAUGUCCUGGAAAAGUAGGAGGCCUGUGAAAUAGAGGACAAAUCCUGGAAAAGUGGGAGCCUUGGUGAAAUGGAGGGCAGGUCUGGAAAAGUAGGACCCCUGGUGCCUGAAAUGGAGGAGGGGUCCAGGAGAAGAUCCCUGGCCAGGCUGGGAAAUGAAGGCAGGGCCUUUGCCAUUGGGCUCUGGGGAGAGUGGGCUCCCUCCUUCCUUUCCUCCCUUUGCAGCAGCAGCAGCAGCAGUCCUCUCUCGGGUCCCUCCCUCCCUGCUUCCCUGCCGUCGGAGCCAAUCAGGGCCCAGGGAAGGGCUU